AUGAAUUCGAGCGAUCUGCAACAUCUCGUCUCCGACGUGUAUAAGCAAGCUGGUGUGGUUACGGAAACUGUCGACUCGUUCCGCGCGACUGAACACGGCAAGGCCAAUGCACAUGUAGGUCUCUUCGAGAUUCAGUCUGUGUUGAAUCCAAGUCAUAAGCUGUCGUGGUGGCCUCCGACUGCCGAAACUUCGCCUAGCAGACCCCUCGCAGGCCUCAAAGUUGUCGGUCUGAUCCGUAUCAUCGCUGCACCCGCAGUCACCAGGGGUCUCGCUGAGUUAGGCGCUAGUGUCAUGCGGGUCACGUCUCCCAAUCUAAUUGACUAUAGCUUCCUACACAUUGACCUAAAUUGGGGUGUAUUGGAUAAAUAUGGCUUCGGGGUGGAUGACAUUAUCGACUUGGUCCGAGAUCGUGCUCGCGGUAAAAUCUCAGUAUGUGAAGAUUCCUACGGCUGGCAUGGUCCGUGGAGUGAUCGAUCUGGGUGGCAGCAGAUCAGCGACGCGUGGGUAGGCAUUCCUGCUGGAUUCGGUAAGGCAUUGGGCUUGAAAGACAAUGAGCCCGUCACGCCCGUGUUUCCAAACAGUGAUUACAUGACGGGUAUCUCUGGGGUUUGUGCGGCACUGUGUAUCUUAAUCCAACGCGCUGAACAAAGCGGUAGCUACAAAGUUGACAUCGCCCUAGAUUGA